AUGAGGAAGAAGCCGGCUGAGUCCAAUGUAACGCACCACAAAGUCCUGAGCCUGGUGCAGAGCCUGCUCCACAAGCACAGUCAUCGCGGCUCAGGCACACGCACCCUCACCUCAGCCAGCAUGUGCCUGGUCCAGUUCCGCCGGCGGGGAGCCGAGGGAAGUGCGAGGAUCGGUGUGGAGAGCACGAAAGGCGUCGUCGACCUGAAGGCGUUGGAUCAGACCGUGCCGUCCACCAUGAGAGAGUUCUUGGAGCUGGGAGAGAAGGGCAUAGAGUGUGCUCAGAGCUCCAGUGCAAAAACUAAAGAAGCAAACCGCAGACAUGAAACUUAUCUUGGCUACGUUUGGUGUGAGGACAAAAAUCAUGCCAAAUUAGAAAUUCAUUCCUAUAAAAAAGAGGCGUCUCGCGCUCAUGCCUGUUAUUCUCAGGAGGAGGACGCUCGCGGUCACGUUGCCGGCUUCACCGUAGCCAGUGAGGUCAGCGCUCGUGUCUGGCAGAUGAAGAACGGCAAGCAGUGGCUUCUGGGAAAAAUAUUCGACACAUUCUGUCCACUAGGGCCUGCUCUUGUUACCACAGAAGCACUGAAGGACGUCCACAAUCUGGGGAUCCGGUGCCUGGUAAACGGUGACGUAGUUCAGGACAGCAACACCAGUCAGCUGAUCUUUAAGACGGAGAAGGUGGUGGUGUGGGUCUCGCAGUAA